ACGAGAUACUCUGGCAGAGCUAAUGACUGAGAAUGGCUGGCUGACCUCCAUUGAACAAGACGCUCUCGAGUUUUUAAAAAUGUUAGAGACGUACUAUCCUACCUACGUCUACGAGACUGCAAAGAUGAUUUAUAACAGCUCCAGUGACCACUCGUACCAUCCACCAGUGACCACUCUAUCACCAGUGAACAGCACUGGGAAUGUACUGGACAUGUACCCGGAGACAUUUGGAGGAGAUCACCCACUAGUAUGGGAACCAGUCUCCAAUCCUCUAUCUCCAGCCAGUGAGUCACAGAGGGGACUGUAUCUUGAGACUCCACUGGUAUCAGUUCUGAGGUGGAACAAUGAAACGAGACAGAGGAUACUGUUUGAUGCUGUCGUCAUAUCAGGAACAAACAAAGAUUCAGUUCAGAGUCAUAGGCUAGUAUCCCCAGAGGAUCAGUUCACUUAUUAUUUAUUGCAUCAUGACUUGGACACAGCUCAGUCUCUCCUACCCUCUCUCUCUCACCAAACCUCUCACUCUCUCAUCUCAGCCUCUUCAUGUAAUGUCUACUGUCGGGAUACUCUACUGGAUCAACUUGUGAGGGAAGGAUAUACUGGAAACAUGAACUUGCAAAAAAUACUCUACCACAUCGGACGCCUUCAUAAUCUAUUUUCAACGCCACACCCACUUUCAAACGGAUCUGAUCUAAUUGAGAAGUUCCACGUCCCAUUCAUUCAGUAUCUGAUACAGAACCAGUUCGUAGGCCUACUUUAUACAUACCUUGAUCAUUACAAGUUGGGUCUUACGUCCCAGUCCAUAUCAGAGCUGAGGUUGGAUAUAAAGGAGGUACCUUCCUGGGUCCAGCUGCUGGUACAGUGUAGACUGACCGCCAUUAAUCCUACUGAGCCUGAGAGGGUGUUCUCCACUAGUCUUGCCUGCAGUAAACAUUUGUUUAAUACUUCGACAGUUUCUGAUGGAAUAAGAUCUGGUCACAUAUUGACUUCAUUAGCUACACUGAUGUACUCACCUGUGAUUAUAUCAGAAGCUAUUGAUCCUGCUAAUUCCGAUAAAGUUUGGUACAUUAAUGAAACCUUACUCAAGCAAUCUUUGGCAGCAUACCCCACCCUUCAGGCGGCCAUUUUUCCUUCGAGACAAACCAAACUCACACCAUCAGAGUCCCAAGAUGUUACCUUAUACGAGCUAUUGAAAGGAACUGUUCCUUUUGAUAUAUCUCGUUUGUUCAAGUGGCAGAAAAGUAAUAAAUUUGCAGCUGCUAAUGAAGACAUUGAUGCUUCUGGUGAUAUGCCCCAUUUCUCUCACCCAGCACUCACUCAACAUUCGUCUCACUCCAUUAAACUGACCUACACCUAUUACCUCUAUCAGGGACAGCCAUCAUUUGCUUUUGCUAAUUUUGUGGCAGCUAAACUGUCAAGCAAAUCCAACAUUAAUAAAAGGAUUGAUAAAGCUGUUAGGAAAGUCUAUCAACUAGCUAUGGCGGACUUCAACAACUCCUGUCUCGUGUCUUCCUGUGUAUCCUUCACUGAAAUGCUCAGUAGGGACUCCACCACACUCCGUAUAGACACACAGGCUGCCAUUAGAAUAUUCAACUACAGGACUAGUACGGAGACUGGUACGACGGUUCCUGGCGGUAAGGAUGCUGGUACAAUGGACACUGGAGGAGUGGGAGGGGCAGAAGAGGCUGCGCCAAGUGUGGGGGAAGUUGAUGAAAUUAACGAAGCAAUUAAAAAUAAAAUAGUGUCACAGUUCAUUCAGUUGUAUCAGUCAUCAGAGAGUAGUUGUUCUUGUCUCUCAGUAUUACUUCAUCAUCUCAUUGAAGCUACGAAAUAUGAAGUGACAUCUAACUCAUUCAAACCUUACAGCGUUGAAGCUGAGAAUGUCUGGCUGCUAGUUCAAAGGUUCUGUCAGUAUCACUCACUCCCUCCCUCCACUGCCUACCUCAUUGAGUGCGCCAAGAAUAAGGAGUGGCUUUCUCUGCUCUGCCACGCCCAGUUACACAAGAUCGCACCUCAAGAAGUAAUUUCUGUAGUCGAGAAACAUUUCUCAGAUCAAGUAUUAAAAGAGCAUCUUCAGUUGGCGCUGUCCACCAUUGAGGCCACACCUACUUCCUCCUCUCCUGCCCUCUCUGAUCACAGUGCUAAUGGGCGGAGUCGGUCUCGGAGGAGAAAGCAUGCGGGUGGGUCUUUUGGCAAAGGAAAAAAGAAAUCGUCAGCUGGUAAAUACGACGCUAUAACGCCGAGAGACGUUAGAGCUGAUUUCUAUAACAAGGUUGGUCUCGGUGCUAAAAAGGACGAUAAACCAGCCGAAGCCACGCCCACUGCUAGUAAGGCGGAGUCAGUCGUUACCAAGACACUAUCACCUGUCCUGAUGACUUCAGUUAUACUGGAGGGUUUGCCACCUGCUCUUACACAAGAGGAUUUACCCAGUGACUUGUUCUCGGUCUUAUUUCAGUGUCAGGACCACACCUCACCUUGGAGAGCACUGCUAGCUUACAGCAUUGGACUGGAGCGACCUUUACUAGCUAUACUAGCCUCUUACUAUGAGGAUUCUUCUCUGUUGGAUUGUAUGUGUGUUUGGUUGGUUGCUACCAUUGGAUCAAAGUCUCUGAAGAAAGUAGCUGAACCUUUAAACUUGCCUUUAUCUGAUUCAAAGGAGCUUAAUUUCACAGCCGAGUUGCAGUGGAGGGUCUGGUCAAAAACAGAUCUGGGUCUGGUAUUAUUGGCGGGGGUUCUGGAGGAGACUGUACCUGCUGGCCACUUCCCUCUUCUCUUUCAUUACUUUGACGAGGUAAUUAAUUAA